GCAGCUUCAGAUCGUUAAACAUGGACUGUGAGAACCAGGAGAAGGACAAGGAUGGGAAUCCCUCUCCAGCAGGCGCCUUCAAUACCAACACCAACAACAGUAUUCAGACUAUUGAUUCUACACAGGCUCUCUUCCUGCCAAUCGGGGCCUCUGUGUCUCUCCUCGUCAUGUUCUUCUUCUUCGACUCUGUCCAGGUGGUCUUCACCAUCUGCACUGCAGUCCUCGCCACCAUAGCGUUUGCGUUCCUCCUGCUGCCAAUGUGCCAGUAUCUGACCCGGCCCUGCGCUCCACAGAACAAGAUAUCCUUUGGCUGCUGUGGGCGCUUCACCCUGGCCGAGCUGCUCUCCUUCUCCCUGUCCGUCAUGCUCGUGCUCAUCUGGGUGCUGACAGGACACUGGCUACUGAUGGACGCCCUGGCUAUGGGUCUGUGUGUGGCCAUGAUCGCCUUUGUCCGGCUGCCCAGUCUCAAAGUCUCGUGCUUGCUGCUGUCUGGACUGCUCAUCUACGACGUCUUCUGGGUUUUCUUCUCCGCCUACAUCUUCAACAGCAAUGUGAUGGUGAAGGUGGCCACGCAGCCUGCAGACAACCCGCUGGACGUGCUCUCGCGCAAACUGCACCUCGGACCCGGCGUGGGCCGGGAUGUGCCCCGCCUUUCCCUCCCCGGAAAACUGGUCUUCCCCAGUUCCACAGGUAGCCACUUCUCCAUGCUGGGUAUCGGGGACAUCGUGAUGCCGGGCCUGCUGCUCUGCUUCGUCCUGCGCUACGACAACUACAAGAAGCAGGCGAGCGGGGAGGCGGUGGGGCCGGGGAACAUGUCCGGCCGCAUGCAGCGCGUGUCCUACUUCCACUGCACCCUCAUCGGAUACUUCGUGGGUCUGCUGACUGCCACCGUGGCUUCCAGGAUCCACCGUGCCGCCCAGCCUGCGCUGCUGUACCUGGUGCCCUUCACCCUCCUGCCCCUGCUCACCAUGGCCUACCUGAAGGGGGACCUGCGACGCAUGUGGUCCGAGCCGUUCCACACCAAGGCCAGCAGCUCGCGUUUCCUGGAGGUAUGAUGGACCAUCAGCGGCAGCCCCGCCCCCUGGGGAGAACAGAGGGAUCCCUGUACUGCUGAGAGAGAGAGAGAGAGAGAGAGAGAGCGCACGGGAAAGCAGAGGAGGACAUCCCUCCAUCAGACACGCUCCCUCGUUCCCUCGUUUCUCUGUUUCGACACCCUGUCCUCGUCUGGCCAAAAUGACACACAGGUCCCACCCACCGCUGCAGCCAGACUGAUCGCGCUCCUCCCACUCUCCCUUAGCCCCGCCCCCGGCCCGCGGCCCCUCCCACCUCAAUAGUGUGCACCUCUCUCUCGGACUGGAAUUUGGAUUCCUCUGCUCUAUGGAGGUCAUCUUCGUCUGUUCACCACCCAUCCCUUCUUCCCUCCCUCCCUCCCUACAUCUCUCUCUUUCUCCCCCCAUCUUCAGGACACAGUUGAAGCCUCGCUAACGGACAGCUCGUGAACAGUGAUCGGGGCUCUUGGAAUCUUGUGUGUUUUUUCUUUGUUUUUUAUAUGGUUUGAAAGGACAGCGGAUGUGGAACUGCUGGGUAAUGAGGUAGCGGGUGAGGCGCUACAGGACAGCGCAAGCCCCGCUCAGUCUGGGACUAUCGGCCGGUCAGCACACUGAGGCCACCACUGCUUCUUCUCUCUCCUCCUGCCUCUCUCUCUCUCUGUACCUCUCACUCUCUCUCCCUCUGUCUCUCUCUCUGUACCUCUCACUCUCUCUCUCUCUGUACCUCUCACUCUCUCUCUCUCUCUCUACCUCUCUCUCUCUCCUCUCUCUCUCUCUGUACCUCUUUCCCCUCCCAGGUAUUCACAGAUACAUGUAUUUUAUUUAGAAGAUUUUAUUCUUGGAAUAUAUGGACAUACAAAUUGAGUGUCUGUGUGUGCGACUGGGCGUGUGCGAGUGUGUGAGUGUGUCUGUGCAGAUGUGUGUGAUUACAUCUCUGUGUAUAUUUGUCUGCACACACAUGAUGGUUGUCAGUUUAGGGGGAGCACGUUUGGGGACUCGUUCAGUUUUGGAACUGCUGUGGAACAGACGAGGGGGGGGGAGAGGCCUGGUGUCAGUCAGCCUCACCCACACUGUCUGCGCUGCACACAAAGGAACACUUACAGCCCCUUAGAGGUGUGUGUGUGUGUGUGUGAGCGUGUGUGCUUGCAGGCACGUGUGUGUGCACGCAUGUGUGUGUGUUUGUGUGUAUGUGUGUGCAUGCAUUUGUGUGCGCGUGCGUGCGUGCGUGUGUUCGUGUGCAUGCAUUUGUGUGCGCGUGCGUGCGUGCGUGUGUUCGUGUGCAUGCAUUUGUGUGUGCGUGCGUGUGUUUGUGUGCAUGCAUUUGUGUGUGCGAGCGUGCGUGCGUGUUUGUGUGCAUGCAUUUGUGUGUGUGUGUGUGCGUGCGUGCGUGCGUGUAAAUGCACCUAUAUGGAGUCUGCUUGUGCUUGUGGGCGGAGCUCUGACUUAGCCACGCCCAGGAAAAAAUGGUUCUUCUUUAUCAGACCUAAAUUAUGGACUGCGAUCGGUUCAGCCCGACUGCCGAAGGGUUGAGGAGAUGAGCUGGUUGUUUGACCGGUUCAUUACUUGGUGUUUUUGUUUUGUUUUUUUUGCCCCCCCUCAUUGAUUUGGAAUACUCACACGGAUUGUCAUUCCCCUCCCUUGCGGUGCGAACCUGUUCUGCACUUGAUGAAGAAGAGCUGGACCGGUGAGAUGGGGGGACGGAGAGGUGUGUGGGGGGGGGGGGGUGGUGCGUUCCAGAGCAGGCUGCCCGGGACCACUCUGCCCUGCCCGUUCACCCGUCCGCUUCUCCCUCCGGUCACUCUGGCCUUGUGCAGUGUGUGUGCUGUUCCUCCCCCAAACUGCAUCGCCGGGACAACUGUGGCCCAGCCCCCACAACUCUUCCCUGGCCAAUGGGAGGACGUUCUGUGGGGAGGGGGGCAGGGUCAGGACUCUUCCCUGGCCAAUGGGAGGACGUUCUGUGGGGAGGGGGGCAGGGUCAGGACUCUUCUGGCCCUUCACCUCAGCCUGGGGGGGGGGGGGGCCUUUGACCCAGUUCAUCCAGCUGAGCAGCAAGAGGCACAGACAGACAGACAGAUACGCAGACAGACAGACAGACACGUAGACAGACAGACCGACACGCAGACAGACACACAGAUACACAGACAGACAAACAGAUACACAGACAGACAGACAGACACGCAGACAGGCACACAGAUACACAGACAGACAAACAGAUACACAGAAACGCAGACAGACACACAGAUAUACAGACAGACAGACACACAGAUACACAGACAGACAAACAGAUACACAGAAACGCAGACAGACACACAGAUAUACAGACAGACAGACACACAGAUACACAGACAGACAGACAGACAGACACGCAGACAGACAGACAGACUGGCAGACAGACAGACACGCAGACAGACACACAGAUACGCAGACACGCAGACAGACAUGCAGACAGACACGCAGACAGACACACAGAUACGCAGGCAGGCAGACACGCAGGCAGGCAGACAGACAGACAGACAGACAGACAUGCAGACAGACAGACACACAGAUACGCAGGCAGACAGACAGACAUGCAGACACGCAGACAUACAGACACACACGCAGACAGACAGACACACAGGCAGACACGCAGACACAGACAGACUGACAGACAGACAUACUGACAGACAGACAGACACGCAGGCAGGUAGACACGCAGACACAGACAGACAGACUGACAGACAGACAUGCAGACAGACUGACAGACAGAUACGCAGGCAGACAGACAGACAGACACGCAGACAUACAGACACACAUACGCAGACAGACAGACAGACAUGCAGACAGACUGACAGACACGCAGACAGACAGACAGAUACGCAGGCAGACAGACAGAUACGCAGACAUACAGACACACAUACGCAGACAGACAGACAGACAUACAGACAAACAGGCAGACACGCACACAGACAGACAGACAGACUCACAGUCUUUUCGCCCUCCCACACUAUUUUCAUAACCGCAGUCCCACCUCCUGUCCCUCACCCUGCAUUCUGAACAUAUUACUGACGAUAAUGAUAUUGAUGAGGAAGAUAAUGAAAAAAAAGACAUGCUUUUUUAUGGAAGAGUGGUUUCUUUUUAUUCCCAUAUUUGUAUUGUUUUUUCUUCACUUUUUUCUUUUUGUGCUGUAGGCUAGAUUUCAUUUUAUAAGCCUUUUCUCUUUCUUUGUUUUCUUCUUUGUUCCCUGUACCAGUAGAGCACAUGUGGGCUCUGCUGCGAAACGUUCACAUUACAGCUGAAUGGAUUCUGUAUUAAAAAAGUCAAAGAUAAAAAAAAAAAACUUAAAAAAAAUGUCAACUGUGUAGUGAAUCAUGGAUCCUGAAAACGUGAACCUAAAGCAUUUCAUCUCUUUUAAGUCCUUCCAGCCAGGACACUGUAAAUAAAGAUGACUCUAACUGUA